UCGAUCUCGCGCCGACACGACAACACCGCCUAUAUACGCACACGCAGCAAUUUUAAUAUUCUGCCUCGUCUUUCCCCCUCCCCCUCCUCGAUGGCUGACUAUUCCAUGUACCACGCUCUUGGGCAGGGCGAGCAACUCGAUCCCAACGACCCUAGCCGAACGAGCCAGCCGGCCCCUCCACAAUUCCAGCCGCCCAUCGCUCAGAAUCCCUACCAACAGCCCGUCGGCUACGGUUCUCCCGCGCCUCCGGGCCAGCAAUACUAUGGAAACCCUCCGCCGGUAGGCAGUUCCUCACAGGCUGCCGCGCCGGGGCUCGCUGCUCCGCCGGACGCGGGCCUUGCCUCGCAGAUGGCCGGCAUGUCUCUGGGCGAUGGGCAACAUACCGCGAGGCGGAAGAAGAAGGACCGGCACGCCUUCCACGCUGUCGAGGCGCCGGCUGGCUCUUCUCAGGCUUAUAACGGCAUACCACCGCCGACGACGUCGGCCACAGCUUUCCUCAAUGCGGAUCCCUCCGUUCAGCCAGGACCCCAGUUUAUCGGCCAACCCUUGUCGCCAAACCAGUUCCCAGCGCCUACCGGUGCGCCUUUCCACCCGGCAGCUCCCGCCACCCCCGCCGAAUUCGCUGCGAGGGGCGGCCAGAUAGACCCAGGCCACGCGCCUGCAUUCGUACCGGCGUCGGGAGGGGGACAGGUCUCGCCGGACGAUAUUCCGAGCGUGCCCCUGUCGAGAGAUGUGCCGCAACAGUACUACCUAAGCAACGUGUACCCGACCUUUGAACGUCAUAUCCCCCCUCCCGCCACCGUUUCUUUCGUCGCCUUCGAUCAGGGCAACUCGUCGCCCAAGUUCGCUCGGUUGACGAUGAACAACAUACCAGCCAACUCGGAAGGUUUGCAUAGCACCGGUCUACCGCUUGGGCUCGUGUUGCAGCCUCUGGCCCGCCUCCAACCCGGCGAGACGGAAGUCCCCGUGCUUGAUUUCGGCGAUGUAGGACCGCCGAGGUGCCGGAGAUGCCGCGCGUAUAUCAACCCCUUCAUGAUGUUUCGCUCGGGAGGAAGCAAGUUUGUUUGCAACCUCUGCACUUACCCCAAUGAUACCCCAUCGGAAUACUUCUGCACCACGACGCCCCAGGGAGUCAGGGUGGACCGAGAUCAGAGGCCGGAAUUGAAUAAGGGAACCGUCGAGUUUCUAGUGCCCAAGGAGUAUUGGACGAAGGAGCCGACGGGUCUCCAUUGGUUAUUUGUAAUCGAUGUUACCCAGGAAUCUUAUAAUAAGGGGUUCUUGGAAGCCUUCUGCGAAGGCAUCCUGGCCGCGCUCUACGCCUCGGGAGAGGAUGAGGAGACGGACGAAGCCGGGGAGCCGAAACGGCGAAUCCCACCCGGCGCCAAAGUCGGAUUCGUCACAUACGAUAAGGACAUUCACUUUUACAACUGCAAUCCGGCCUUAGAGCAUGCUCAGAUGAUGAUCAUGCCAGAUAUCGAGGAUCCCUUUGUGCCGCUCAGCAAUGGAUUGUUCGUAGACCCGUACGAAUCGAAAGCCGUGAUCACGUCGCUGCUUGCACGACUACCCACCCUAUUUGCCGAUAUAAAGAAUCCGGAACCCGCCCUGCUACCCACCUUGAUCUCGUGUUUAGCCGCAUUGGAAAACACGGGGGGGAAGAUUGUGUGUUCGCUUUCCGCUCUGCCUACCUGGGGCCCCGGUCGGCUUUUUAUGAGAGACGACGGGAAGUAUCCAGGCGGCGAAAUAGAUAAGAAGCUCUUCACGACGGAGCACCCGGGAUGGAGGAAAGUUGCGGAGAAGAUGGUGGCCGCUGGCGUGGGCAUUGAUUUCUUCUUGGCCGCUCCCUCGGGCGGGUAUUUAGAUAUAGCUACGAUCGGCCACGUCUCAUCUACGACAGGCGGCGAGACUUUCUACUAUCCCAAUUUUGUCGCCGGCCGCGACAAUGCCAAGCUCUCCCUCGAGAUUAAACACACGGUCACAAGGGAAACGGGAUACCAAGCGUUGAUGAAAGUGCGGUGCUCUAACGGCCUCCAGAUAUCCUCGUACCACGGCAACUUCAUACAACAUACCUUCGGGGCGGAUCUCGAGAUAGGCGCCAUAGACUCCGACAAGGCCGUCGGCGUUACAUUUGGCUACGAUGGGAAGCUCGACUCGAAGCUCGACGCACAUUUCCAAUCCGCUUUGCUGUACACGACCGCAUCCGGCCAGCGGCGAGUACGGUGCUCUAAUGUGAUCGCUAGCGUCAGUGACAACCCGAGAGAGUGCAUGAAGUUCGUAGAUCAAGACGCUGUCUAUACCAUCCUCGCCAAAGAUGCUGCAUCCAAGUUGGCUUCAACUUCGAGCACGCUGAAAGACUUGAGGCUGGGCCUUACAGAGAAAACAAUCGAUAUCCUCGCAGGUUAUCGUAAGAAUUUCUCGUCACAGUCCCAUCCGCCGGGACAACUCGUCAUGCCGGAGAAGCUCAAGGAACUUUCCAUGUACAUGCUCGGACUCAUCAAGUCCAGAGCCUUCAAAGGUGGAAGCGAGACCUCCGACCGGAGAGUGCACGAAAUGCGCAUGAUCAGGUCGAUGGGCGCUCCAGAGCUGAGUCUGUACCUGUAUCCGAAGAUGAUACCGAUUCAUAACCUGAAUCCGGAAGACGGAUUCCCCGAUCAGACAGGCAACCUAAAGAUGCCACCUGCCAUUCGCACGUCAUUCAGUCGAGUCGAGCCGGGAGGGGUAUACUUGGUAGAUAACGGACAGCAGUGCCUGUUAUGGUUCCAUUCCCAAACCUCGCCUAACCUACUGGUGGACCUCUUCGGAGAGGGCAAGGACAGCCUCAACCAACUCGAUCCGUACAGCUCGUCCUUACCCGUUCUGCAGACUCACCUCAACGCCCAGGUCCGGAAUAUCAUCGAGUUCCUCAAGGCCAUGCGCGGUUCUAAAGCAUUAACAAUCCAGCUAGCCAGGCAAGGAAUUGACGGAGCUGAAUAUGAGUUUGCAAGGAUGUUAAUCGAGGAUCGCAACAACGAGGCCCAGAGCUACGUGGACUGGCUAGUACACAUCCACAAGGGCGUACAACUAGAGGUAGGUUAAUCCCCCCUCGCACGGCUUUCGUGGAAAUGCGUCGGGACGCUCGGAAAGCGACUC